UAGUGUCAAUGUCAUGUGUUCGCAACCAAUAAAAUCGCAAACAAAUGACGUUAGAUUGUUGGUUGAGUCAUUUACAAAUUUAACGAACAAUUUUGCAUUAACAAGUUGUCAGAGUCCUAUCAUGUGAAAGUGCGUGUUUCAGUUUUAAAACACAUUUUAAGAACCCUCUUUUUUUAUAUUUUUAGCAGUUUUGUGAAAUACCGUCUCAGUGUCAUUGCACCAAAAAAGUUGUAACAAAGUACCAUGUUUAGCGGAAAGAAAACAGGAAAAACGAAACGGGAUCAUUCGGGAAAGAACUUAUCACAGUAUGGUCUUUUUGAUGUGUCGACUGAUUUCAACCUUGAUGGCGGCCUAAAUGGGGGGUCAAUGGAUGAUGGAGGUGAUAGUGAUUUGGAAGCUGAGUUAGCAGCGUUAACUGGGGGUGGAGGAAAUCGGCAAAGAGCGACUCCACGAAGACAGCCAGUGCCAGAUGCAGAUUUAGAUAAUAUGGUGGCAGCAAGUAUGAAAGAUAUUCCAUCUGAUGAAGAAUUGUCUGGGGAUGACGACGACCCUGACUUGCUAAAUGAAUUGAGCAACAUUGCAGGUGAAGAAAUAGAAGAAGAGCAACCACAGGAAUCACCAACUAAAUCAGCAGAUAGUUCCGACGACACCGUAAAACUCUUGAAUGACAGGCUAAAAAUGUACGAAGAAGCAGAGAAAAACGCCAAAACGGCAGGACAAUCUAGCAGAGCACGUCGAUUUACUAGGGGAAUUAAAACACUUAAGGAUCUUAUAAAACAAGCAAACGCGGGUCGGCCAAUCAACAAUGACGACAUACCACCAGAAGUCAGUACCGGCGCUAAAAAACCUGCUCCUGUUGAUACAGAUGGUACACCCUCACUACCACAACCAACAAGAACUGCUCCUCCCGUCCCCGCACAACCAGAGCCUGAACCAGAACCAGAACCCGAACCAUCUCCAGAAAAAACCGCAGAAGAAAUUCCUUCAUCACCACCGAUUCAAGUAGAUACCCAACUAGUAAACAUGUUAAAUGAACGAAAAAAUCAAUACAAAGUGGCUGCCUUAAAAGCAAAGAAAUCUGGUGAUACCGCAACCGCCAUUAGUUACAUUAAAAUUGCCAAACAGUUUGAAACGGUCAUUGCGGCAGCGGAAAGUGGACAACCUGUCGAUAUAAGCAGAAUGCCAGAACCUCCUCCGGAUCCGUCGCAGAAAGUCGAAGAAAGUAGACUUCAAAAUGAUAGUAACCCGGAGCCUCCUGCCGCCGAAGGCGACGAUGGCGAGGAAAGUUUGAUAAUGGCGUCGUCGGUAGAAGAAGCUCUCGAACAAAGAUUAGCGGUGUACAAGAAACAAGAAGAUAGUGCGAAGGAACAGGGCAAUUCUAGUAAAGCUAGAAGAAUGGGACGGAUUGUUAAGCAGUAUGAGCAGGCUAUCAAAGCGCAUAAAGCGGGAAAACCGAUUCCGGUGGACGAACUGCCGACACCUCCUGGAUAUGGCCCUAUUCCUGUGGCCGGUGCUGAAUCUGCAAAACCAGCACCUGCUCCUUCCAGACCGGCAGCAGCAACUGCCGAGAAACCGAGUCCGCCUGAAAGACCUCCAGCUCCACCCAGAAGUAAACCAUCAACUUCUCAGACUACCAGAAUAACAGGAAAUCAAGCUCCAAAUUCAAGAGCCGACAAGCAGUUGGCUUUACUUCUAGCAAAACAAAAACAGUUUAAAGAAGCAGCUCUACAGGCAAAACGCAAAGGGGAAAUCGAUCAGGCAAAAGAAUAUCUGCGAACUGCCAAAGGUUUCGAUCCCUUGAUUGAUGCAGCUAGUUGUGGUCUACCUGUUGAUCUGGCGACAUUACCAGUAUCACCAUCUGCUAAGUCGCAGCUAGAAAACGAGUACGAUAUCGUCAUGACUGACGAAUGCACAGAAGACGACAACUCCAACGUCGAUGUUAUGACGAGAUUAGAGCAACAACUUACCAAACAGUUGAAGAUGUGUCUUAGUACUCGGGAUCAUCAUAAGGCUCUUGGCGACGUUGCCGGCACUAAUCGUUUUGAGAGAUUAGCCUUGAACGUAACUAAAGAUUUGGACAUUGUGAGAUUAGCACGUCGGACUCCCGAUGCAAGAGUUCCGAAAUUUCAUUACGAAAAUAAAGAUUUUUCCAUUGUGAAGAGCUUCACGGAGUUGGGUGAUAAUGAUUUAGAAUUAACUAUAGUUAGAGGGAUAAGUUACACUUGCAGUAAUCCCAAGGAAAUUGAUACGUAUGUUAAAUUUGAUUUUCCGUAUCCACAAGAUGAGCCAUUUAGUCAAAGAACGACUACCGUUAAAGAUACGAAUAGUCCCGAAUACAAUGCUACAUAUACUAUACCUAUACUAAGGACGGCUAGGGUUUGUCAACGAGUUUUUAAAAGACAGUCGGUUAAAUUUGAGGUAUAUGCUAAAGGCUGCUGGUGCGCUAGCAACAUUGGUUGUUGUUUCAGUGGUUGGUUCCGAGGAGACACGUUAAUUGGUACAGCUGCCGUUAAAUUACAACCCUUGGAAACUCAAUGUGAGUUACACGACAGUUUUGACCUACUGGAAGGAAGGAAGAAGAUUGGAGGUAAACUCGAAGUGCGCUUCAGACUUCGACAUCCAAUAGUAGCUCAACAAGUAGAGCAGUUGCAUGAAAAGUGGCUUAUUAUUGAUAAUUAGAAGAGUCAGUUGGCGAAAUAUAAUACCUGUACCGUACUUUUUUAUAUAGGAAGUCUAUUUUGCUAAAGUAAAGCUUUAAAUCAGCGUACCUAUCCUAUAUAUAUCAUAGUGAUGCAAUUUUUUUAUAUAUUGAAUAACCAAACGUGUAAAAUUAACUUUAUUAUGUAACACGCCUUAUGGUAAUCUUUUAUUGAUUGUUGUCAGUCCUUCAAGUAAAACCUUACAAGUGCAAUUAUAAAUUGUUUUUCUGCGUUUUUUGUAUUUUGUACAGCUUCACUUUUCUGGGUGAAUUUUAUUCCGUGCAGAUGUAGAAAUAAAGGUGUGGCAUACUGAAUACUGUAACCAAAGCUGAAAAAAUAAAAAUUAAGUUAAUGCCUUUUUU